UACGUGUGUACGUACGUACGUACGUUAGUGGGUUCUACUUUGUUUCAUGUGUCAAGUUGGUUUCCCCUCCGCUCCUCUGUUGCUCCUGUGAUGUUGCAGAGGAGAAACACCGGCUGCUGCGCAUCACACGACAGCUAGCCUGCAGGAGGAGAGUCCUCAUGUCAUGGCCUCCAGCCACAGCUCCACCCCACUGCUCCGCUCCACCAAUAGAGGCCAAGGUAGGGUCUACCACAAGGAGUGUGGCCCCUCCCCUCCUCGCCUACGGACCACUUGCUCCCUGCCUGAUGUCUGCCCCAAGGAGCCAACUGGCCGUAAUCUGCUCUGUAUUCCUGAAGGUGAGGGGCGGGACCUGUGCAACGGGCCGUCUGUAGUGGCCGAGCACAACCAGUGGACGGUGUUCAGUUCAAAGGUCAACCUUCCCGCUGCGUUGAAUGACCCCCGUCUUGCUAAACGAGAGUCUGACUUUUUUACCAAAACAUGGGGUCUGGACUUCACAGAGACGGAGGUGAUGCCCUCCUUCUACCUCCCCAUCAUCACCAGGGACCACUUUGGGGCCUACCUGCAGGAGAUGAGCCAGAGGGAACAGAUCCAUGAGCGAUGCAGGACGAUCUGUCCCAACAAAGAUGAUGUGGACAGCGUUUCCAGUAUCACCACCAACUAUGAUAAAUCCAGAUCUGAACUGGAUCAAGUCCCCAAGGUCUUUAUGAAGCCGGACUUUGCUUUGGAGGACCCAGCGACUUUCAACUCGGUGCUGCCCUGGUCCCACUUCCACAGUGCAGGCGGGAAGAGCAGAGAUGUAGCCUCCUCCAAACUGCUGCAGGAGAAGCUCAGUCACUACCUGGACGUGGUUGAGGUCAGCAUCGCUCAACAGAUUUCGCUUCGCUCGGAGGCGUUUUUCCACGCUAUGUCUUCUCAGCACGAGCUGCAGGACCGUCUGCAGGAGACGCAGAAGGCGGUGGCUGUUUUACGGAGCCGGACUGUGGCCAUAGACCGGGUCAUGUGCCAGGGGCCUCUCUGGGCCCUCCGCUCUGCUCUGACUCGAAACAACUGUGUGAAGCUGCACAACAAGCUGAAACUGAUGGCGGCGGUACAUCAGACACAGCCUACCGUUCAGCUGCUGCUCUCCACCUUGGAGUUCGUCGGAGCGCUGGAGCUCAUUGCCACAACAAAGGAGGUGCUGCAGCAGGAGCUGCAGGGGGUCCACUGCUUCAGACAUCUGGGCUCCCAGCUGUGUGAGCUGGAGAAGCUGAUUGAUAAGAUGAUGGUUGAGGAGUUCAGCAUGUACGCUUGCUCCAAUCUAAGCCGGAAUCUGAAGGAGGAGCCGCAGGUGCUGGAGAAGGAGCGUCUGGAGUCGCUGGUGUUCGGUCUGCUGCGCCAGAGGAAGCUGGACUUUCUGGAUAUCUACAGUGAUGAGAUGAUCAUAGCUGCUAAGGCAAUCGUAGCACAGUGUGUGGCUGACAGCUUGAUGGACAUAGAACAAAUUGAUACUGAAGUGAUCACAAAGCUGGCCGACCAGAUGCGUCUGAUGACCUUUCCUCAGUGGUUUGAGCUGCUGAAAACCAUCUUUGAGUGUUUCCUUCUCUUCCUGCAGAGAAUCAAGGCCACUUUGAACGUGAUCAGGAACGUUGUUCUGGAGGUUCUUGCCUCAAACCAGAAGAAUCUGCUCCUUGCCGAGUCCAGUUCAAGGGCUUCGGUUUUAGAGGCCCCCCAGGGCCCAGCGCUCACGCAGGGGCAGGCUGAGCUGGCUUACCUGACCCACGAAGGUCUGUUCAUCAGCGAUGCGCUGAAUGAAGUCCGGCAGCAGGAUUCACAGCUGUGCGUCCAGGAUCCAAGAUCCACCGUGAGCUCCAGAAUGCAGCCGGGCGUCAUCGAGACCGCUGACAGUCCCGCUGCCUCAGAGGGUUCUACCAUCCCAGAACAGAACUUCUUGUCCAGUGAGAACAUGAUGCCUACUGAGCCGGAGCUGAACCGUGUGAUCCACAACAUCCAGGAGCUGCUGUACAUGGCCUCUGACGUCAGCCACGACCGCUGCGUUAAAGUUCUCACAGCCAGAGCCAAGGACGGCUCCCUGGAGCGUCUGAGCUCAGCAGAGUUUGUGAGUCUCUCCCAGGCGGUGGAGGCUUUUGCCAGAGACACGGAGGAAGUGUGCAACAGGCGAAGCGUCUCCCUGAGGGGGGCGCUGCAGAGCCAAGCGAACCGAUUCGUUCACCGCUUCCACGAAGAACGCAAAAACAAACUUGGGCUUCUUCUGGAUAACGAGCGCUGGAAGCAGGCAGAGGUUCCAGCCGAGUUCCAGGACCUAGUGAACUCCAUCGCUGACGGCAGAAUAACACUACCAGAGCGCAAAAACUCAGGUCCGGAUGACAGAAAACCUGCAGAGUUUCUGCUGGUCAGUGGGCAGAAGUAUGCUGUUGUUGGGACGGUUCUGCUGCUGAUCCGGAUCUUUCUGGAAUACUGUCACUGUGUGAAUGACAUCCCGUCCAUCGCUACGGACAUGUUAACGCGCUUGUCCGACCUCCUAAAGCACUUCAACUCUCGCAGCUGUCAGCUGGUUCUGGGAGCCGGAGCUCUGCAGGUGGUCGGCCUCAAGACCAUCACUACAAAAAACCUGGCUUUAGCGUCCCGGUGUCUCCAGCUGGUAGUUCACUACAUUCCCAUCAUCAGAGCUCAUUUUGAGACCAAACUGCAGCCCAAACAGUUCAGCGUUCUCAGGCACUUCGACCACAUCACCAAGGACUACAACGAUCACAUAGCAGAGAUCUCUGCUAAGCUGGUGGCCAUCAUGGACAGUGUGUUUGAGAAGGUUCUGUCAAAGUAUGAAGUGAAGGCGCCGAUGCCAUCAGCCUGCUUCAGGAACAUUUGUAAACAAAUGGCAAAGAUGCACGAAGCCAUCUUUGAGCUUCUACCUGAAGAACAGACACAGAUGCUGUUUUUGAGGAUCAACGCCAGCUUUAAAACUCACCUGAAGAGGCAGCUGGCUCGACUCGGGGUAGUCAAUGAUGGAGGACCACAACACGGGCUGGUGGUGGCGGACGUAGCCUUCUACACGGAGAACAUCCAGGCUCUGAAGAGCCUGGAGAGGCUCGACCUGAACAUGGCUGAGAUCUGGGAGCAGAAGAGGUGAUGGAAGUCUGGACAUCUCGAACCAACUCAUGAAGACGCCCGAGGCGGGGCACGGCUUUGGUGGACAGCAGCUGCCUCAGUGGGUGGAGGAGGCUCGUAGGGACCAAAAACAUAAACCUGAAGAAGAGGAGCAGCAGCAGGAAGUUGGACCUGAAAACGUUUGACCUCAUGAAGAAACAUCGGAGAGCCUCGUUAGACCUGCUGCUGCGCCAGCUCACUGCGUGCUGUUUGAUAGAGGACUAAUAAAUGACCGGAGACUGAUGAUGGAAGCAGGUGAUGAUGAUGAUGAUGAUGAUAUUUAGGGUAAUUUAUUUGUGAGCUGUAGGGGGCGUUUCCUCCUGCAGGUUCUGACCAUGGACUGGGUUUGUUGAAGGAACUCCUAAAACUUCUAUCCUGUGAACCAUCUGAAACCUCAGCUACAUCCUGUUGUUACCAAAGUAAAAGCCUUUCUGCUCUGGGACUCCUGCCAUCUGACCGAUCCUCCCUGACAGACGGGUUCACUUUGUUUAUUCAUGUUUUAAACAGAUGUCGAUGAUCGCGGGACGUGAGAACAGCUGUUCACUACUUUUCUCUGACAUUUACAAAGCAGAACACGAACAGCUCCUACAGAACCCCAUAGCACAAAAGGCAUCAAGUCCACGCAUCCCAUAAUUCCCUUGUGUUGGCUUCGUAGCAUUACAACAAACAGCUAAGUGGGAACAGACUGCUUUGGUUUGCAGAUUUCACCGGAGGACCCUAAAACUAUUCAUUAGGCUUGUUUGGCAAAGGGCAGAGACACGUCCUAAAUCAUAUUUCCCGCUCAAAUCGCCUUUUUUUCCUGAAUUCUGAUCAAUGAAACGCUGUUUAGUUUAUUUCUGGGUAUUUUGUGUCGGCGCAGCAGGGCUCUUAACUCCUAAAGUCACCGGAUUCCUCUUUGCUGUGGUCGUCUCUUCUGCCACGUCAAACUUCAACAGGAUACAGAGCUCGGUAACUGGUGUUGUGGGUCUGGAUCUGGAGGCUCAGUACCCUGCAGAAACCAGUCCGCUGCAGAAGUGCCUCCUUUUGAUCUGCUGUCACACAUCUGAGCUCUCCAGCAGUGUGCCUACCAUGUCACUGUGUGUGUGUGUGUGUGCGUGCGCGAAUCCAGCAGUGUAAACGAGAUUAUAAAAGAUGCUGACCACUGUAACGCUGCUGAGAAUAAAGUGGGAUGAAAGAGCAA